GGGUGACAUAUGAGCGUUAACCCAAAUAUUUCCUUUAAAAACAGUGAAGACAACGAAACUUCAGUAAACAUUGAUGUUAAUAAUUCUAUUUCGUUUUCUAAACAUCUACAAAAUGUGUUCAAUUUAAAAUUAUAGAGUGUAAUUGUGUUCAUUAAAUAUUAACAGUUUUUUGAUAAUUUUUAUAUCUACAUUAAAAUAUUUGCAUCUGACUGACCUAUAAACAAGCAAAUAGGAAGUUGAAAUUAAUAUCGAUGUAACUAGUCAUCACGAAACUUCUAUUUUGAUCGAUGACCGUUAAGAUGAACCUCGAUGUAAAAUCAGACAUAGCAUGGUGCGCCAAACCGAUCAUCGGUCAACAGACAAUCGGAACGCACGGAUUUAUGCCUGCCGUGUUUUGAGAAAUUCAUCCAGUUGGCAGCGUCCCAACGUCGACGUCGUAUGUCGCCGUCGACCGGCUAGAGUUGGGAAACUUAUUCCUUAUAGUUGCGUUUUGUCAACAAUGUUGAUUUGAAAUAAAGAUCCAAAUCAUUUUAGAACAACGAAUAACUAACCACGGUCACCUCGAGGACUUCCAAAACUUACUAAAUGUGUAAAAUAUCGUAUAUUCGAAACUGGUAAAAAGUAACAGUUAGCACCGUAGCGUCUUAUCUUUACAUCGAGCAGGUUAUGACGGCGCGAGAAGUCGUGCUGGAAGGUGGUGCUCCGUGGGGUUUUCGCAUGCACGGUGGAGUUGAACAUAAUCAGCCGUUGAGAAUUUCUAGGGUCAACCCGGGAAGUAAAGCCGCACUAAAAGGAAUUAGAGAAGGAGAUUUGAUCUCGUCAAUUAACGGACAAUCCACGAAAUACGUAACGAAUUCAGAAGCCCACGGAUUUUUGAAAAAUGCAGGAGAAAUACUCAAAUUAGGAUUGAAUGAAGACCCAUGCGGAUCACCAAAAAGAAGACAGUAUAGAACCGUACAUCAAGAAACAUUAGAAGAAACCGUGAAAAGAUCCAGUUUGACGACAUACUCAGUUUCUAGAACACCCGAAGCUACUAAUUCACCAACUGAAUCUUCUCACAAAACAGGACAAUCUUACUUAGAUGACUCCACCAUCAUACCACACAGCGACUUAUUAGUGACAAAAAAAUCGACUUCUUCAAGUUCAUCAUCACCAACUCUAACAAAAGAAGAUCUGAAGUACACAUCGUCAGAUCAUGCACUAGCUUCACAAAGAUCUUCAUAUACAAACUGUACCAUAAGUCCGUCCAGUCCAUCUGUAUUAUCCGAAGACGGCAAAUGUAGCUGUAUCCCGAGCCAAGACAACAUAGACAAACAAAACUUAGAUACUAACAUGGAUAGUCACGUUAAUUCAAAGUCGAAAAGACGAAGACAAAGGCGAAAAAAUAAUCGUAAACAGACAGAAUCUCUUGAAAAAAAUAAGCAAAAUUGUACAAUUAGUGAAACCACCGAAUCUGAAAGUAAUCAGAUAAAAAAUGUUGUUCAACAAGAUUAUAUCGUUCAAUCACCUGUUGAACUUACCGAAAAUAAAACAAAUACAAUUAAUAGUAACCCAAAACCAAUAAAAAGUAGAAGUUUAGACGAUGACGACAUGGUUAAAAUACAAGAAGUAUCUGAAGUUAGCGAAAAUGAAGAUAAAGAUACCCAAGCAGUAGUAUCAGAAGCAUCUGAAAGUGAAGUCGAAUGGGAAGAAAUAUCCGAUUUAAAUACUGAUCCGCCUAUUCACGGUUCUCUAAGUAGUUCUACAAUACCUUUGGAAGUUUGUAGUAGCGAACAAGUAACGCUCAUGUCUCCCGAAGAAGAAAAAAAUCUCAGAGAUUUCCUCGAAGGUCUAAAUUUGAUAAACGGUCCUCUAGAAGCAGCAAAUCAAGUUAUAGAUAAAAAAUCGAUAGAUUCUUUAAAACAACGAAAAGCCAAAAAGAAAGCUGAACUACAAGAAUAUUUUCUACCAAUUUAUCAAAAUCCGCGAUAUCUCGAUGUGAUUAGCGAAGAAUCUAGCGAUCGUGACAGUGAUAAAGAGCAAAAUAAUAAAACUCACAUCCUAAGAAAAGGUACUCCAGAACAAGAUACACCUGUUCUACCUCCAAAAGUCCCACCACGAUUAAAUAGAGAGAGAAAGAAAUAUCUACCUCCAAUAGAACAAGCACCUGCAGUAUUAGUUGAUACCAAAUUGGUAACUAUACCUGCAGCAACAGAAUCGGUUUGCAGCACUUCAUUUAAAACUGAAGAAAAAGCAACUGCUGAAGAAGUUGAAAUUGUAUAUUUGACUUCAUCCGAAACAGAUUCUACAGAGGAAAUUGAUAGUGCCAGUAGUGAUAGUUACGUAAUCGGAUCUGAUGAUAAUAGUAGCGUUGAAGAUUUAAGUGAAAAGACUAUAAUAAAUGAAGAAACUGAUCAGAAACUCGAGUGUAUUCAUUACACCGAUAACGUAGAAAUAAAAGAAAAUAAAGAAAUAAAUUCACCAAACGAAAGAUUAGAAACUCGAUCAUCUUCACAUUGUCAAUUUAUCUUGAAAAGCAACAAAACUUUCAACGAUAACAAUGAAUCUUCUAUAACUAUCGAUUUAUCAUCACAACUUACACCACCACCGACACCAGAUAACGUAUCUCCAAAAGUUACCAAAAAUAUUAUUCCGAUACAUAUAACUGAUAUAACAAGGAAGGAGGAAUCCUCGGAAUUAUUACAAGAGAAACACCAUUCGUCCUUUCCCGAUGAAAAUACUAUCUAUACCAAUAGUAUAACCCCACCACCACCAUCUAGAUCAAGUUCUUCUUCUAGAAGCGGUAGUUCAAGUAGAGAAAGCUCCCAAUGUACAGCUAAAUAUAAUCCAUCAAAUUCUUCAAUAACAGAUGUAAUUUCAUUAUCUAAAAAUGAAGAAAAACAAUACUACCAAGCUCUAACACUCAGAGAAAUAUGUUUGAAAGUCCUGUUAGCAUUACCGUUUGGAAAAGAAGUACUGGAAGAACUAGCUGACGUCUCUAAAUACAUAGAAUCCUAUACCAAAUCCUUACCCAGUUAUGUCUUACCUAAAUUAGCUCCUAACUUAGCACAGUGUGAUGAUAAAAAACAAACAAACAAUAAUAUUUUUUCUUAUAACCUUUCAGUCCAUUUACCUCCCAAAAAAUUACCAGAAGAUAUAAUCAACGUCGAAGAUAUUAUUAUAAAAAACGAUAAAGAAGUUGAUAGAGAUAAAUCGCAGAAAAUAGAAAGGAUAAUACCGAUAGAACAACAAUGUAUAAAAAGUACUGAGGUGAAAUGUAGUAAAGAAAUUAUUAUUCCAAUUGAUAUUAUUAAUAGUGAUAAGUUUUGUGAAAAAAUAGAACCUAAAGAAAGAAUAAUACCGAUUCAACAAGAAAUAAGUAGGGAACAGGAAAGCGGAAAUAAAAUGAGUGGAAAAGAAAUGUAUAUGAAGAAAUUUAGUGAGGAAAUUAAUAUUUCAAGUGAAAUUAUUGUUGAUGAUGAAUUAAUUAAAAAAGGAGAUACCAAAGAAAGGAUAAUACCAAUAAAAAAAGUUGGCGAAGAAAACGAAAGUAGAACAGCUGAAGAAGCCGUGAAUAAACAAGAGGUCAAUAUGAAAAAAUCUAUUAAAGAGAUUAAUAUUCCAAUUAAAAUUAUUAACGGCGAUAAAUCUAAUAACAAAGAAGGUACUAAAGAAAGAAUAAUACCAAUUCAACAAGAAAUCGAUUGGGAAAGCGGAAGGAAUAAAGAAAAUAAAGGGAGUCGAAAAGCAAUCAAUAUACCAAUUAUCAAAGAUUGGGUCGGCAUACCAACUGAGAACGAUCCUUCUUUGCUACUUUGCGUAUCGCCUAAACAAAAAGAUGUUUUAAAUAAAACUAAACAAAUAUCAAACGAAGCUGGAAAGCUAUUAGAACUCCACGAAAAAUUCGUAAACAGAAUAAAUUCUCGUGAAGAAGAAAAAAAGAUAACUGUCACUACAAAGCAAUCGGACAAUUCCAGUAGACUUCUUUCGAUAAUUCGAGAAGAACCAAUUGCAUCAAAUAACGAUAAAGAUUAUAUAUAUUUCGUAGAAAAAGAUCCCAAAGACGGCCACCUGGCUACUUUACCUCGAAACGCGAUUAAAUCCCGACUGAAUGCUAAGGAUUUAACUGAAUGGCUUAAUUUAGCGCGGAACAAAAGUAUGAGUGAAAGCAAUUUGACCACAGCUCCGGAUAUUCCCGAAAAUAACUUAAGAAAUUAUCUCAAUAUACCAGCGGCGCCUAGGAGACGUACGUCGCUUCCUCACGAUAUUUACGAAAAACAAAUGCUGUAUAUACAAGAAAAAGAGAGAGAAAUUCAGGGACAAUUAGAGGCGUUGGAGGAAGAAAAAAGGAAAUUAAACUCCGAGAUGAUUUCCUCUAAAGAGUUUCAUGUCGAAGAUUACAAUUUUUCGCGUAAAGGCGAUUACGCAGAAUCCAAAAAACGACCAACAUCGAUGCCUUUAAUACCGACGGAAUAUUUCCGUCAACAAAUGUUUGAAGAAUAUAUGGAUAAAUUCGCCGAAAGGGAGGAUAGAAAACAGCACAAAAUAAUCAAAGUCACUUCUUCCAAAGAUAUUAAUGAAGAAAAAAAAACAACGCCGAAAAAAGAAAUUAUACACCCGAUUCAAAUAGAAGACGAAUUUAUGAAUAAAGUUAAACAAAAACAACAAGAAGGAAAAUUGGAAAAAGUGAAAAGUUUAGAUAAAGAAAAAGAGAUUGUAGAACAAGAGCAAAACGAACCGCCGGUACUAAUUAUGGACGGUGAAAAACUGAAGGAGGCCAAGGCAUUACCGAAACAUUUACAAGAGUUCGUUGGACCUGACGGUAUCUGGUCGCCGGGGCAAAAAAUAGAUUUCUCUCCAAUUAAAGAAUCAAAUCACAAAGAAUACGACAGACAGGAUGAAUCUAUUCCACCGGUUUGGACUCCGAAGAGUGCUAAUUCUAGUCCAGUUGCCGAACGAAAAGAGUUUCGCCCAAUUAGUUUCCAGUCUCCUGUGCUAAAUAGAAGAAACAGAACUUCAUCAGAGAGCCUAGGAUCGAAGUCACAAGCUCAGGUACCACCUUGGAAUAACUUGGAUUAUAACAGCGACACAGGAUCGGCGUCUUCAAUUUUAGAUCGAAAAUUAACCACCAGCUAUUCCACUCCCGCGACCGGAUUUAGCGACUUUUCUGGUACCACUCGUCUCCCUAAAGCACAAAAUCCUACUAUAACUUUACUUCAGAAAGCUAGAGAAGGCCAGCUACCCAAAGGGGCUCAUUAUAUUGAUCAAGAACAAAGACAAUUUCAGCUUAGACCGAAAAGUGAUAGGCCACCCGUAGCUGGACCCAGUGAAAUAUUAUACCAAAUUAAAAACGAACAUACGAGCGAAUCCGAUACCGAAAAACCUCGUAAAAUGACGGAUGUAGGAUCUAGGAAAUUCCAAGGAAUUGGACCUGUCAGUAGAGACGGCAUGCCCUUGGUUCUUAGAUCUGAGGUGAAAGAUCAAAAUCAAUCGAAAUGGUACAAACGGAUGUACGAUACCAUUCACAAACAAAAACCCCAUAAUGACGAAUAUGUUACAAUUCGAUAUAAACAAAAAAGAGCACAAUACCCUUAUACUUCUGGUUACCUUUCCGAGCCGGAGCCAGGAGCAUACGACAGCGACUUCGCAGACUACAAAUAUCAAACACUUGAUAGAAGACGACCUCCACCACAAGAUAAAUCUGCAAACUACAUAUCCUCAACAAUGCCAAGGCCAACUGUAAAUAGAUCGAUUUCCUCCGACAUUGUUAGAAAUACAAGUUCAGAUUAUAAAAAUCUGCCGGGUAAGAUAGAAAACUAUACUCCAGGGCAUUCCUCUAUAUCAGAUAAAGAAGCAAAACAGUGGUGGGACGAGGUCAUGGACAUAUUUGACGGGUGGCUAGACGAUAACACGGCUCUUCCCAGUUAUGAAGUCAUGUUCGCAAGGGCGCUGUCGAGAUCUCAUUUAGAACAACAGUCAAGAAUCCAGUCUCAUCCGAGGAGCUUCAUUAAUCAAGCCCUUAAAGAAUCUGGAUAUGAAAGUGACUCGACGUUGGUAUUUAAAAGAAGAGAAGAAGCGAUGCAGCAACUUAAUCCUAACCAACAAAAAGAAGCCUACAAGGUGAUUCAAAAAGGCGGCGAUGUUCCUUUGCAAGGUCUUCGUAAACCUGCUCCUGAACGACCAAAAGACCCAGAACCUCCCGUUCCGCCACCCAAAGGAGUAUCCUCAAGAAGUCUGGCACCAGAAUCGCCAAGGAAAUAUGUGGAAAACGAAGUAACGAUCCAUUACAAGACGCCCGUUCGUCAAGAAAUCAAAGAAUACGUAAGCGAAGACGAGCUGGCGCAUCGACAAGCAGAGGCCAUGAAGAAAAUCUAUCAAGAAGAGAGGCGGAAGAAAUAUCUGCAGGUUAGCAAGUCACUUCAAGAACUUCAAGACAUGAAUUCCAGACGACACACAGACAAUUUUAUUCCCUCCCAAAAAUCUCCAAUAUCCCUAAAUAGAUACGACGACUUCGACGAUCUUAGCCCUUCGUUGAAACAAAGACCUCGAUCUCCAGAUCCUCGUAUUUGCGCUAGAGCCCUUUACAAUUUCGUCGGUCAGUCGUCUAGAGAACUAACUUUCCGAAAAGGUGACGUCAUUUAUCUCAGAAGACAAAUCGACAAGAAUUGGUAUGAAGGUGAACUGAACGCCAUGGUUGGACUUUUUCCAGCUAAUUAUGUAGAAAUUAUACCAUUUGAAGGUUUAAAGGCGAAAUCUACUCUUCGAAAGGCACACGAAGGACAAGCCCGAGCUAAAUAUAAUUUCGUCGCUCAAACCCACUUGGAACUGUCACUUGCAAAAGGUGAACUGGUAGUGAUAACGAGAAAAAUAGAUGAUAAUUGGUUUGAAGGUAAAAUUGGUGGAAGGAAAGGUAUCUUCCCUGCUAACUACGUUGAGGUUCUGAUCGACCCUCAAACGCCACCUCCUUCCAAUACGAAACCAGUAGCGUCUCCAGCGGCCCAUUCUCUUCUACAUAAUGGUUCUUUAGGCGGUAAGGAAUCGAUGGGUUCUCACAGCUAUACUCCUUCGUUAUCGGGAACACAAUUAAGCUCUAGCUAUCACGCUAAACCGGUUCAAGUUCUUAGCAACAGUUCGUAUGGAAAUUUGAAUACCAACAAAAAUUCCUUACUCAGUCAAGCGCUCCAUAUAGAAACUCCAAGUGAACCAACACCAUAUCGAGCUUUAUAUAAGUACAAACCUCAAAACGAUGACGAAUUAGAACUGAAUGAAGGAGAUACGGUUUACGUUUUAGAAAAAUGCGACGACGGUUGGUACGUCGGUUCUAGUGAAAGAACAGGAGCUUUUGGUACCUUCCCAGGAAACUACGUAGAAAAAAUAUAGCAGAAGAAACCUUUAAUCUAUCUCGUGUAAAUGUAAUAAGCUACCAUAUGUGGUGCCUCAAUUAUCAAUCAUUUGAUUAAAAUAAUUAUGAUUGUUCUCAAUUAAUCUUUUAGUUAAGAACAGUUUCAAAACAUAGAAUUGAAUUUUCAGUACAUCACAUAUAAAUAACAUUCUUUUGAAUUUAUUUCGUUCAUAUGAACGAAAUUUUCUUCCAUUUUGUUUUCCAGUACAAUCAUAUCACUUUAAUCAAAGUUAUAACACUAUUGACGUAAUGUGUGUAUCAACUGCCAAAUUUUUCAUAAAAAAUCCAACACGUUAUAAUUUACACCAUCAUAUUCAAAGAAUCUUCAAAUUACGAAAAAUUACCAAAAUUUCCACAGCAAAAAGACAUAAUUUAACCCUCUGGAAAAUAUAUCUGAACGCCUAUGUUAUUAUUUCGACCGUCUUCCCUAAAAUGACGUUUGGCGACAAUAACAUAGACAUAGUAAUGACAUAGACAUACGUUAUUCGUGCACUUUCUGUAUUGAAAAGGUGUGCCAAGAAAGUAACUACCUCUGUUCUACUGGUAAAAUGAGAUGAAAGAAUAGAUAAAUAGAAGUUAGAGAAAACAUCUAUAACAUUUGAUAGAAAUAACUAUACUGAAACCUUCUUUGUGUGUCAUUAUAAUUUUGGAACGCGACUUUUAUCGAUACCCAGUCUAGUUAUAUUAUGUCUAUGGUUAAUGACGAUCCGCUGAACUACUAUUGUGUGUCUUCAUUGUUUCUGUUUACUUAAAAUUUUCAAUUCACUAUUCAUAUUUACAGAGAAUUUGAACCUAGUUGUAAUUUUAAACUUUCAUAUUCAUCAAUAAGCUUGUACUGGAGCUCCUUUCAAUAUACUACAAGUAUAGUUUUAGAAAUUAUCAAAAAACAGUUGAAAUAUUUGAAAAAACAGUUAAAAAGCGAUGAAUCCAACUUUAUCCGAAGUUACUUUAGAGAGCUCUGGUAGAAUAAAACACUAAAAUGAAAUAAAAUGCACAUUAUACAUCGAGUAGUCAAUUGAUAUACGUUUUGUAUAGUUUUGCAACAAAUAAUACCUAGAAACAAUCAAAUCUCAUAAUUAUCAUAUUAUACAAUCUAAUUUUACCAAAGUACAAAAGCCUUUUAUGAUAUUAUUCCAUCGAAAACUAUUCCAAAACGAUAUUUAAGGAAAUAAGUGUAAAAAAACAGUAACACCUUAAACAUAACCUAGAAAAUCGAAACAUUUUAUCAUUUGUUAGAUGUACAAAACUUGAAAUACAUUUAUACACACAAAAAAUCCAUUUUUUUGUAUAUCCUUUAUUACCGUACUCUGUUGCAUACAAAUAUAUUAAUUUGAUUAUUGUCAUAGUCGUACAUUCAGUGGCUUAUCUACAAGGUGGGUCCAUAAGCACUACUUGAAAUAAUUUAGACAUUUAUUGUAAUCAUCCAGGUACAGAUCGUUUGCUAGUGUAUUGGGAUAGUUUUAUAAUCUAUUCUGAUACUUCACAAGCAACUUAUCAUUGUAAUUCGAAGUUCUUUGUGUAAUUUUUCGUUAUAAGGAACGUACCAAGGGGCAUGGCAGAGUUGUUUUAAUAAUUUUGAUUAGAAGCGCUGUUUUAUUUAUAUAUUUGUUUAUUCCUAAUAACUUCUACAUCUUAACAAGUAUGUCAAUUAGUGGUUCUUAAUGAAAGUAGAGGUGUAGAUUUUUUUUUUAAUUUUAUGAUGGAAUGAGUUUUAGUUGGAUUUGUGAGUAACUAAUACGUUGGAUUCUGUAAUGAUUUGAGCACAAUUUUUAAUAUUUCCGCCAAAGAAAAGCGUUACCUUUUCAGAGAAAAAAAUAUAAAAUUUUACGUAUAUCAUUAGAAUUUAAGUAAAAGUCAUAUUUUCUUGAUAUUAUCACAAUAAUAACUAAAAAUUACUAACUUAGUUUUUAGGUAACUAACAGUUUGGUUAACUAAUAAAAAUCUUAGUUUUCAUAAAGAUGCAUUCUAGUCACUAGCCAAAAGGUAAUUUGUUAGCGUAGUAUAUACGAGGCGUCUCGAAAAGAGCUUAAAUUUUAUAAUAUUUUACCCUGCACCAAAAAGCGCUUAUGAGUCUUACUUGUCCAGUGAAUGACUGGAAAAAGUGUAUUUAUCUUAUAUUAUAAUUUAUAACCACUUUCGGUCCUUAACAACCACCCCUUAUAAUAAUUAUUAUUAAAAAAUAAUUAUCAUGUUAUUAAACAAUUAUUUAAAUGAUUAAAUAAUAUCGAUUUGCAUCAAAAUUUGGAUUUAGGUUCUAUGUACUCUCUCUUUUAAAGUUAAGCUUAUGCCGGGGGUUGAUUUUUAUUUAUUAGGGGUGAAAACUUCCCCCCAUUCGAAAAAAUUCAUAAAAUACUAAUUUUUAGCGUGUAAUUAUCUGUAAAUACCUCAAAUUAACGUCGUACAAAAAACUAUUCAUCAAUAUACAAAUAUGCAUGUUCUAGUUUCUACAAAAAUGUGCUUUUGGUUUUUCCCCAUAACUCGCUUAGUUUUUAAGCAAUCAAUUCUUAACAAAAAGCAUUUUGUAGGUGGUUUUUAGAGCUAUAAGGUCAUAUAAAUUAUUUUUUUUUUUAGAUUUUUGAAAAGGUUCAUGUUUAAAGGUACUCUGCGCAAACUCACGUAAACUUUAAACGGCCAUAUCUAAUUCAAUUUUGACCAUAUAAAAAAAAAUUAAACGCCAAAAUUUUCAGAAAAUAAAACUUUUUGUAGUAUACAAAAUUUUACGUACCAUUAACAGUUUUUGAGUUAUUUUGAAGAAAAUGCGAUUUUUCUCUAAAUUACGUAAAUGAUUUUCUCACUUCAAGCUCAAUUUUUCCCAAAAAUAAGUAUUUUAAUCUACUUAAACACUAAGAACAUAUUAGAAGGACAUAAAGAAAGUGAAUUGUAAAGUGGCAACGAUUUUUUUCCAACGAAAAAAUAGAAAUUAUUCUCUACAUAACUCGUUUAGUUUUGAUGCUAGGAACUUCUGUAAUAAAUAAAAAUAAAGGUUGUCAAAGUACUUUAAAAAAGUCUCAUAAGUUUUCCACGAAAAAUGCAUUGGUUUUUAGUUAUUUUGCAUAGAAACUUUUCAUUUUGGCGUUUGAAAAUGCCAAUCAACUUUUAACAAACAAUAAUUCCGUUUGUAUUGGGUCUGCAAAUAUCAUAAAUAAGCAUUUUUUUUAUAUAAACUAUAAUCUUAUUAUCUACAAAUUGUUCGAUUAAAUGUAUAUUUCGCCAAUUACUCGCGAACAAUCGUUCGGAAACGUGUUUUUCUCACCUGAAAAUUACUCGAAAAGUAUUGACUUGCAGAAAAAACUUCAUAGAAUAAGUUACUUAGAAUAAAUCAAUUUAUGGAUUUACGAACUUAUUUCCAAUGAAAAAUGUUUCACCAGCCCUCGGCACAGGGUAGAUUUUGAAAUAGAGGGUAAGUAGUGUGGGAUAAAUACACAAGAAAAUAGUCAUUUCUGGACAAUAUUUGAACAUUGUUCUUCCGUAAUUGUAGAUAUAGAUAUUAUAUAUAUGUAUACAUGAAAAAUUGAAUUAUUAUCUACUUAUAUAAAUGUGUGAAUAAUCUACCGAGAUGUCGGUCGAUUAAUUUUUUCCCCAAAUAAUAUAUAAUGUACCUUCUGUAGAUUGACCGUGUUUUCUAGUUUCUAACCCCCACCUGUAUAAGACUUAAAUUAUAGGAGUGCCUUUUGAAUACAAUACUGACUUUCAAAGUAGUAAUAUUUUUUGAGAUAAAGUGGCAACAAGGCUAGUAUUUGUAAAAGAUCAUGUAAAAUUGUAAAUUACGUUAUAGAUUCAGCUAUGUUGCCAUUUUUUCUGUUGUUAUUGUUUACUCUCUAAUUUAUAUUUACAACGUUAGAUGAAAAUUAUAUUUUUUCGCUUUGUCAAAGAGCAUUAUACUUCACCUAUGUUUAUUUGUAACAUUUUGUUUUACAAUAAAAUAUUUAACUCUAAAA